UUCAUUGUCAGAACAGAAGAGCUCUGCGAGCCUCGGUGUCUGUUUACGUUGAUUUUAAAAGUUUGCUUUUAAAUGAGUGAUAAAGGCGACGGUAAUGAUGAUAAAGUCAGAAAUCGCAGCGUGGUUUAUGUUUACAGUCCGGAAUACAUCCAGACAUGCGACUCCCUGUCGAAAGUGCCAAACCGGGCGAGUAUGGUGCACUCACUGAUUGAAGCGUAUGACUUACUGAAAUUCAUGAGAGUGGUAAAGCCUCGUGUUGCUACAAUAGAAGAUAUGGCAGUGUUUCACACAGACUCCUACCUACAGCACCUGCACAAGAUCAGCCAGGACGGAGACAAUGAUGACCCUCAGUCUGUGGACUUUGGACUUGGUUAUGACUGUCCAGUGGUGGAAGGCAUUUUUGAUUAUGCGGCAGCCGUCGGAGGAGCCACUGUGACUGCUGCCCAGAAUUUGCUGGAUGGGAAGUGUGAUGUGGCCGUCAACUGGGCCGGAGGGUGGCAUCAUGCCAAGAAGGACGAGGCAUCUGGGUUCUGUUAUGUGAAUGAUGCUGUUCUUGGAAUACUCAAACUGCGAGAGAAGUAUGAGAGAGUUCUCUAUGUGGAUGUGGACCUUCACCAUGGAGAUGGUGUCGAGGAUGCUUUUAGCUUCACCUCUAAAGUCAUGACAGUGUCCCUGCAUAAGUUCUCCCCUGGCUUCUUCCCAGGUACAGGUGAUGUGACUGACACUGGGCUUGGUAAAGGGCGCUGGCAUGCUGUUAACGUUCCUCUUGAGGAUGGAAUCCGUGACGAUCGUUACUGCCAAAUCUUUACUAGUGUGAUGCAGGAAGUGAAAGCUUACUUCAACCCUGAAGCAAUAGUAAUGCAGUUGGGAGCAGACACCAUGGCGGGUGACCCCAUGUGUUCUUUCAAUAUGACUCCUGUUGGAGUGGGAAAGUGCCUGAACUAUAUACUGGGCUGGGAGUUACCUACUCUGCUGCUAGGAGGAGGUGGCUAUAACCUUGCCAAUACUGCCCGCUGCUGGACCUAUCUAACAGGGACCAUCCUAGGACAGUCUCUGUCCUCUGAGAUACCAGACCAUGAGUACUUUACAGAAUACGGCCCAGAUUAUUCCCUGGAGAUUAGCCCAAGCUGCCGACCUGACCGCAAUGAAAGCCAGCAGCUGGAGCGGGUUAUCAGCACCAUCAAAGGGAAUCUGAAGAAUGUAGUUUAGGAGAGGACUCCCAGCUCAUGUUUCCAAAUCAGGCCCUUCUCCUUUAAUGAAGACAGUAUGUGGGAGCCAUUGCCAGAAGGGAGCUAGGAAAACAUUAUUUGAAUGUUAACAGGGAACAUUUUUUUAAUGCAUAAAUGGGCCAUUGUUGCCUCAUUAGAAAGGUUUCAAUCUUUGUUUGAUUUGGGACAAAUGUCUACAGGGUUUAAUUUUUUUAAGAAAUUCAGAGCUUGUUUUAGAUGAAACACAAAGUUAAAAUGCAACAUGUUUUAAGAUAUCUCUAAAAUGACUGUGCAUGUUUGUUUGGUCGUCCUUCUGUUUUAGAUGUGUUUUAAUUUAAGAAGAGAAUUAACAAAAAUGUGAGCCUUUUCCCUGAUGAUGGUGUCUUGUUAAAGAUGUGCCCCCAGAAAUAUGUUUAACCAGAUGAAAAGGAUAUUGCAAGUCACUUAAAUCUUUACAGUAUGGCUGCAAACUUAAUGAAAUCAAUUUACAAGAGUCCAAACACAGUCACACUCAGUGUGUCAUCACCAGAUAUGAGAGUAUGUAGAACAUUUUAAUACUGUACAGUUAAUAAAUGCCUAUUUUUGUUGUUACUGAAUGUUCUCAUACAACAUUUGAAUCGUAAUAACCAGUUAUGUAAUUCGGGUGCAUCAAAGUCUCAGGUGGGUUGUUUAUGAAAUGUAUACGGUCAACUUAAUGGCCAGACUGACCAAAUUCCAAGUCAGGUUGGCUUCAUGAAACUUUUUAUGUUGCCUAUGUCAUGCCUUUUACUUCAAUGUUUAUUUUCUUGUUUGAUGAGCGAGUCAAACUGCAAAAAGUUUUUAAGAUGUCAACUUUUUUUCUUUUUAAAUGCAUUUUGUGUUCUGAUGUAUAUUAAAAUACAAAAAACCAAUGUGUGGGAUGUUGCUGUUUUACUGAGUCUUGCAAGAUCCUUCAGCAACGCUUUACAAGUGGGUGCCGCCACAAAUGGAAGUCCUGUUCUUUCAGUAUGAUCUUUAUGGAUUUCUUGGUUGCAGAGGUUUCUCUGAAUGGCACACCAAGUGUGAUUCAUUAAGUCCUUUAUUAGCUUUGUGAGAUGGGGCUUAUUGCAUUUUAGUCAAAUAAACUGAUCUGUGCUACCAUAAAGAGCACCGUAAAACUUGCAGAAUUAAGUGUAGAGACGGGACUGAUUUUCAACU